AUGCUGCGCCUGGGGCUGUGUGCGGCCGCGCUGCUGUGCGUGUGCCGGCCAGGCGCCGUGCGCGCCGACUGCUGGCUCAUCGAGGGCGACAAGGGCUACGUGUGGCUGGCCAUCUGCAGCCAGAACCAGCCGCCCUAUGAGACCAUCCCGCAGCACAUCAACAGCACGGUGCAUGACCUGCGACUCAACGAGAACAAACUCAAGGCCGUGCUCUACUCCUCGCUCAACCGCUUCGGGAACCUCACCGACCUCAACCUCACCAAGAACGAGAUCUCCUACAUCGAGGAUGGCGCCUUCCUGGGCCAGGCGAGCCUGCAGGUCCUGCAGCUGGGCUACAACAAGCUCAGCAACCUGACCGAGGGCAUGCUGCGCGGCAUGGGCCGCCUGCAGUUCCUCUUCGUCCAGCACAACCUCAUUGAGGUGGUGACGCCCGCCGCCUUCUCCGAGUGCCCCAGCCUCAUCAGCAUCGACCUGUCCUCCAACCGCCUGAGCCGCCUCGACGGCGCCACCUUUGCCAACCUCGCCAGCCUCAUGGUAUGCGAGCUGGCGGGCAACCCGUUCAACUGCGAGUGCGACCUCUUUGGCUUCCUGGCCUGGCUCGUGGUCUUCAACAACGUCACCAAGAACUAUGACCGCCUGCAGUGCGAGUCGCCGCGAGAGUUCGCCGGCUACCCGCUGCUCGUGCCCAGACCCUACCACAGCCUCAACGCCAUCACUGUGCUGCAGGCCAAGUGCCGCAAUGGCUCGCUGCCCGUCCGGCCCGUGAGCCACCCCACGCCCUAUUCCACCGACGCCCAGAGGGAACCCGACGAGAACUCAGGCUUCAACCCAGACGAGAUCCUAUCCGUGGAGCCACCAGCCUCAUCCACCACUGAUGCGUCCGCGGGGCCCGCCAUUAAGCUGCACCAUGUCACCUUCACCUCGGCCACCCUGGUGGUCAUCAUCCCUCACCCUUACAGCAAGAUGUACGUGCUGGUUCAGUACAACAACAGCUACUUCUCCGAUGUCAUGACCCUCAAAAACAAGAAGGAGAUUGUCACGCUUGACAAGCUGAGGGCGCACACUGAGUACACCUUCUGCGUGACCUCUCUGCGUAACAGCCGCCGCUUCAACCAUACCUGCCUGACCUUUACCACGCGGGACCCUGUGCCAGGUGACCUGGCGCCCAGCACCUCCACCACCACCCACUACAUCAUGACCAUCCUGGGCUGCCUCUUUGGCAUGGUGAUCGUGCUGGGGGCCGUCUACUACUGCCUGCGUAAGCGACGCAUGCAGGAGGAGAAGCAGAAGUCGGUCAACGUCAAGAAGACCAUCCUGGAGAUGCGUUAUGGGGCUGACGUGGAUGCUGGCUCCAUCAUCCACGCCGCCCAGAAGCUGGGCGAGCCCCCCGUGCUGCCUGCCGCCCGCAUGCCCUCCCUCCCCUCCAUGAUUGGGGAGAAGCUCCCCACUGCCAAGGGGCUGGAGGCUGGGCUGGACACACCCAAGGUGGCCACCAAAGGCAACUACAUCGAGGUGCGUACGGGUGCCGGCGGGGACGGCCUGGCCCGGCCUGAGGACGACCUCCCAGACCUCGAGAAUGGCCAGGGUUCGGCUGCAGAGAUCUCCACCAUUGCCAAGGAGGUGGACAAAGUCAACCAGAUCAUUAAUAACUGCAUCGACGCCCUCAAGCUGGACUCAGCCUCUUUCCUGGGGGGUGGCGGUGGUGGGGGAGAUCCAGAGCUGGCCUUUGAAUGCCAGUCCCUCCCUGCAGCCACUGCCGCCUCCUCGGCCGUGGCCUCUGGGGCGCUGGAGAGGCCCAGCUUCCUCUCACCCCCCUACAAGGAGAGCGCCCAUCACCCUCUGCAGCGCCAGCUGAGCGCUGAUGCCGCCGUGACCCGCAAGACCUGCAGCGUGUCCUCCAGCGGCUCCAUCAAGAGCGCUAAGGUCUUCAGCCUGGACGUGCCCGAUCACCCGGCCGCCUCGGGGCUCACCAAGGGCGACUCCAAAUACAUCGAGAAGGGAAGCCCCCUGCACAGCCCGCUGGACAGGCUCCCGCUGGUGCCAGCGGGCAGCAGUGGGGGUGGCGGGGGCGUCCACCACCUGGAGGUGAAGCCCGCCUACCACUGCAGCGAGCACCGGCAUAGCUUCCCCGCCCUGUACUACGAGGAGGGCGCCGACAGCCUGAGCCAGCGCGUGUCCUUCCUCAAGCCUCUGACCCGCUCCAAGCGUGACUCCGCCUACUCGCAGCUCUCCCCCAGACACUACUACUCAGGUUACUCCUCCAGCCCUGAGUACUCCUCCGAGAGCACGCACAAGAUCUGGGAGCGCUUCCGGCCCUACAAGAAGCACCACCGGGAGGAGGUGUACAUGGCCGCCGGCCACGCCCUGCGCAAGAAGGUCCAGUUCGCCAAGGACGAGGACCUGCACGACAUCCUGGAUUACUGGAAGGGGGUCUCGGCCCAGCAGAAGCUGUGA